UAUUGCUGGCAACACUGGUCAUAGAUGAUUGUACAAAUCGUGUCAAAGAUAGAGUGCAUUUUUUAAUAAGAAUUUUAAGAUAUUAAACAAAUAUGGCCUAUACAUACCAAUCACAGAUGCCUGACCAGCAAUUCUUAUGGGACGUAUUUUCACGUGUUGACAAAGAUCGUAGCGGGUUCAUAUCAGCGGACGAGCUUCAAGUUGCUCUAUCAAAUGGAACAUGGAGUCCUUUUAACCCAGAGACUGUUCGUCUAAUGAUAGGCAUGUUUGACCGUGAAAAUCGGGGCACCGUAUCAUUUCAAGACUUUGGAUCUCUAUGGAAAUAUGUAACAGAUUGGCAAAACUGCUUCAGAUCGUUUGAUCGAGACAAUUCGGGAAAUAUAGAUCAAGUGGAAUUGAAAACAGCUCUCACAUCCUUUGGUUAUCGUUUAUCGGAUAACCUUAUUGAAAUGCUAAUAAGAAAAUUUGACCGUUUCGGUAGAGGUACAAUUCUGUUCGAUGACUUUAUCCAAUGCUGCAUUGUUCUUUAUACAUUAACGUCGGCAUUUCGGCAACAUGAUACAGAUAUGGACGGGGUCAUUACUAUACACUAUGAACAAUUUUUGAGCAUGGUUUUCGCUUUAAAAAUUUAAAGGAGGCUACCACAAGCUCUUUUUAAAUUGUGCCAACACCAUGCAUCCAAUGAAAUACGGAAUUAAUACUAUAACAUGUAAAACAAAUUUAAUUUUUUACUUUUUUGUAAAUAUGUAAAUUUGUACUAAUAAAGCUCAAGUUCUAAUGGUU